AUGCCACAAGGAACAGCGACCUCAAGUCUGAAUCGCAACGGAAAUCGACCAAUCAUCACUGGCAAGGACAUACCAGAUGAUAUUUGGUAUCUCAUCGCGUCCUACCUCGCGGACGGGCGGAGGGCGGAGGACCUACGUCGGUUCAUGUCGAUACAUCGCUGUUUCUUCAACUUCGUCUUGGACCUAAAGUAUGGGGAAGUGCGCUGGGUGCGGAUCGAUAAAGCCUUCAUGACGAUCUUGAAACGUCUACAGUCCUCUGUCAUAUCCAGCCACGUCCGACGGCUUUAUGUGCGUGCGUGGUUUGUUGAAUACCUCUUGAAACGAGAGGCAGACAGCAAACUUACGAACCACGGGUACAUGGGCCUCGCCUCCUUUCUCGUGCCCUCGUUAAAGAAACCGACAGGCGUCAGAAGCGGCAAUAAGGAUGUUCCAGCGAGUAGAGUUGUCGAUUCGAACCUGUCAGCGAAGAAGAUUCUUCCUCUCCUCGUCACAGCAAUGAAGGGCAUGACGGGGGUGAUUGAGUUCCACUUCGAAUGGCGCGAUCUCCCUCUGAACAAGGACACGAAGAUGUUCCUCACCACAACUCGGACAACGUUCAGUAGCAGCCUGCGCAAGCUUGCUCUGCAAGCUCAGCUGUCGAAGUUCAGAGAACUUUUGGCGAUUGCGGACUAUGAGAACCUGGAUGAACUAGAAUUCCAUUUCGAUUAUACACCCAGCAGAAGCCCUGGAGACGGAUCGACAGCAAUAGAUGAUACGGACGCGAGAGAACUGAGGGACACCAUCCUCCCUUUCAUCGCUAGACGUCGUUCGGCACUACGCUCUUUGAGCAUAACGGCUUCUUCUACCCUCGACCUCUCGGACUUCCUCCGCAAUUUGCCGUUCAUGCCCGGUCUCCGGCGGUUCGAGUCCAAUAUUAGCUUCUGCCCAAGCACACUCAGCGAUCCUUCCAGUUUCGUCCAAAUUCUGGAUAGGCAUUCCACGUCCCUCCUCCACGUUUCCCUCAAACCUGGCACGCCUCUACGCAAACGUUAUUGGGAGAGAGUGCAUGAGCAGCUCCUCUUAUCACGGCAGGCCCUAUGCGACCUGGAAUCGCUGGAAAUUCCUUUCCUGUCUCCCUAUGACAAGACCCGGUUACUCGUUGGUCGUUCAUGCGACACCAUCACCAAGCUUUGGCUCACUGAUUGCGCCCUCGAGCUGAAGGGGGUCGAAGACGUCCUGAACAUGUUCGCCCACCGGCCGUAUGCCCUCCAGGACCUCCAUCUUGGGGUGAGGGUUCUCAAUUUGCCUCUCGUCCAUCUUUUGGCGUUGCGGCUUCCGAACUUGUACUCACUCACGCUUGUGUAUGCAACAUGUGGCGACGUCGGUUUCUUUACACCAGCAGACAUCGAACCGGCUGUUCAUGUCGUACUUUUUGACUGGAAGCUCAACGAAAUCAAUCUAUGCCAAGGAAAAUACCAACCACCAACACUCGACACAGAGCCUUUGAUGACAGUCGGUCUCAGCGAAGAAUGCCACAUUAUGAAGCUUAUUUCCGAACAAGUGCCUACUAUUCGGACCUGGAAGGGAUUCCCGAAAGAUAGACUGACUCGAUUCCUUUCUCCCUAUGGUCAUUAA